UAUCCGCGGCCCCGACGAAAAAUGGAUCACGUGACGUUUUUGGUCGAAUUACAUUUUAAAUAUCACUGCGCGCUCCCUCGCCAAACGAAAGAGCCGGAGGAGCUGAUAAACCGCUUCACCAUUAUCAGCCGGAGUCCACGUUACUCUUAAAUACCGGAGGAAAUAGCAGAAUGUCUGAAGAAAAGCCAAAGGAAGGAGUGAAGACGGAGAACGACCACAUUAACCUCAAGGUAGCUGGUCAGGAUGGCUCGGUUGUACAGUUCAAAAUUAAAAGGCACACUCCAUUAAGCAAGCUAAUGAAGGCAUACUGCGAAAGACAGGGAUUGUCGAUUCGGCAGAUAAGGUUUAGGUUUGAUGGACAACCAAUUAAUGAAACGGACACACCUGCACAGCUGGAGAUGGAGGAUGAAGACACUAUUGAUGUAUUUCAGCAACAGACGGGAGGAGUCUGUUAAGUGGAAAGAGUCAACAAUUUUUUGUUUUGUUUUGUUUCUCCUUUUCAAUUCAGUUUUCUUUUUCUAUUAGGUUUAUCGACUGCGCUUCCCUAAAUGAAAGACUUCACACAACAAAAAAUAAAAAGGAUAAUAAUGAUCAUUUGGGGCCAAAUACCGACUUUGAGAUUAGGUAACUUAAUGUUUUUAUUCACCAAAAACCGAUUUGAAAUUCAUAAGGACAGAGUAAAUCUCAUAUUAUGGCUUGUAAUGACGGGACCAUUGUGGGGUUUUUGUGAUGUUCAGCUGUCUGAGUAAGCUAAAUGACAUGCUUUCUUUUCUGUUUCUUGAUAUUUGUUUAAUUUUUUUCCAGAUAAUGGUAAGAAUUCAUAUUCAGGAUGGACUUGACUAUUUAAAUAUUCAUGUACUUAUGAGGAAUGCUGCUGGGAUAGUCAGUAGUGAUCUGUUCAUAGAUGGGAGAUUUUGUGACAUUAUUCUCAUGUAGAUUUUAGUCGCGUUUUUAAAAGAACAUUUAGAAAUAAUCUGUCCAUGCACAGUUUAUCUUCAACAGGAGAAAAACUUGUUCUUGGAAAGCGUCAUUAUGGAUGGUUUACCUCAAUACUGUUACCUUCAAAGUGGAUUUAUCUGACUGGUAGUACAGUAAGGUUCUUGGACCAAAAAUGCUAAAUGAAAAGGUUUCUUUUUAUAAAAGGGUUUGACUAAUAUAAAAAUGUAGAUGUAAAAGUUAUUGUA